AUGAGAAUCCAAACGGUUAUCUUAGGCUGUGUCUUCUUGGCCAUUUGCCUGAUUCGAGGCAGCGAUGCGCAAUGCGCAACUCCGGGCGCAUGCACUGCAGACGAGUGCGCAGAUACAGCAAAUGCAGACGAUCCUAGUUGCGCUGCAGAGGAAGAAACGACAGCAGCAGACGCAGCAGCCACUGAUGAUGCAACCACGGCAGCCGCCUCAGAGGACGCUACGACUGUUGCUACCUCUACAGGCACUGGGAAUCGUCGCCUAAGGCGGCUACGCGUUCAGCUAAGGAGACAAAAAAGGAAGAACAGGAUAUUGAGUCAAAGGUACGCUCAAUUGCAAGGUCAACUGAAGUUAGUGCGUGCCAACGGAUGCAGACGGGGCAAUGGAAAUGGUGGAAAUCGAAGGCAGAUUCGGGUCCCG